GCAGUAGCAGGACUUAUAGCUGAUGCAAGACAGGUACAUUAUUAACAAUUAUUUAAAUACACUCAAGUUACUCUCAUGAAAUGAAAAGAUUUGUUGUCGUCAACUUGAUAGGGCGUACACAAUCCUAUUUUACACUUUCUUGUCAUUUUUGUAGACUCACUGUUUAUAAUGUCCCUUUUCAUCUUUUUGUUUCCAAGUGGCAAUCUGCAGUACAUGUAUGUGCUUUUGCUUUGCACCUUUUCGAUACGAUACAAGUUAGUUUUCACAAGUGAAAAUUGUGCCUUAUUAAUAAUCAACUUUAUUGUUAAAUAAUUACGUAAUAAUUGAAUGCAUCUGUGUGAGAACUUCAAUACCAAAAAGUAGUAAUUUAACUGGAAAGUGCUGCAAAGAACAAAAGAACAAUAUUGUUUGGGAGGGGGGGUGGGGGCUGCUUUUCUCCUUGGAGAGGGGGAAGCUGUUAGUGCUAAUUUUGAAAUGGUUGGAUUUUUGCAUACUUUAUUUCUGGGAACUGAGACACAAACUGAGGCAGAAAUGUUUACAACAGUGUUUCUGUAGGAAAGGAGAAACCAACUUGUGUAAUUGUGUAAUGGCAGUACUUUCCAAAAAAAUAACAUUUUGUAGUAUAGUGAUGUUCUUGCACGGAGGUGUUCAAUCAUGUGGUGGCUCAUUUCAUAUUAAUUUUAAAUUUUAUUAUAUAAAGAUUGUAAGUGUGGCGAGAGAUGAAGCAGCCAACUACAGAUCAACAUAUGGAUCUCCAAUCCCCCUGAAAGUAAGUUUUCAAAGUAUUUACUUUAGAAUUAAGGACUCAAAAUCUCUGAAACAAAAUGCAAUCAAACUGGGAUAAUUUUCCUUUAGGUUGUGCAUCUGUAUGUAAAGGGCAAAUAAAUCUGGUUCCAUAAAUGUUCUGGAUUUGUCACUAAUCUGGAAAAAUCUCCUAUAGUGUAAGCAUAGCCUUAAAUACAUUUAGAAAGGAUACGACAAGAAAAGCCUCUUUCUUUCUCACUUAAAACUUUGACUUCAGUGGUCAGAGAGCAACCAAAACUGGGGGCUUGUGAAAUACCUGAAUGGGCUAGUAUUAAUUUUACUAUAGGCACUGUCAAGUUACAAGCUGGCAUUGAUGCAAAGUUUGUAUCUGUACAUGCGCCUAGCCUGUGAAAACAGCCGUUUCUCCUUGCUCCUUGCUGCUAGGGACCUUUCACCAUUAGGAACGUCUACACCUCAGUGACAGAAAUUCCAUAAUGAUGACGUAAAAUUUGUCCAGAGUCUGGUCAGGAGCUCUGAGUGGUUGAUGUUGUAUAUUGUUUUAGCUAUUGUUUAUUAACGACAGAUAAAAGAUAAAAGGCCACAAAGCUCAAAUGUAAAUGCAAUGAAUCUACUACAAAACAGUCAAUAUUCACGGAAUAUAUUCGUCUUUAGAAGAAGCAUUUGAGUUUUGUUGGAGCUCCUUUGCAAAAGAACACAAAACUUUACCAUAAUCGGGUAGGAGAAACAUAAAAUUGAACAAAGUUACAUUUGGAACCCCAUGACAUCAGUAUUGAAUUUCUGUCGCUGAGGCACAGAUGUCUCUCCUGGCAAAAUGUUCCUAGUGGCGAGGAGCGGGGCAAGAUGGCUGUUUUCGCAGGCUAACAUGUACCAAAAUGUUAAUUCUCAACAAGAUUGGAACUUAAACUUUGCAGACCUUGGUGCUAAUAAACUGAAACAACUUCUUGCCCUUUAAGGCCAUGGGAGAAACCUAUCUAUGGAUAAAUUCAUAAAGCAAAAGUUUGCUUGUGCAACAUCUUUUAAAAGGCUUGUAUCUUGGCUGUUUUAGAGGCGAUUUAGAUAAACUUUUACAGAGACAUUGUGUUAUGAUGGAAGUUUAGGAGGGUUGUUUUUUAUUUGGUAGAUAGUGCUUUUUGGCAAUGCUUUAAGCCACAGUUGUACCAAACUGGGAAUUCGUGAUUUUGUGUCCAAGUUUGCGGAAAGAAUAAAAGACUGCACUCUGUGAUUUUAUUAAUAAACGAUCGAUCAAAACCUCUAGUGUGUUAUGUAUAGAGCAGAUUUUACAAUUUUAAGUUUGCCAGUAAGAUAAUAAUUAUAAUUGUUUAAAUUAUGAGAAAAAUCUGUCAUCCCUGAAAGGAAAGCCUUAUAUCUUUUCAUAAAAGCGCUCUUUUAGAAUUCCGCUCUGCAGUGCCAGCUCGUGAAGUUUUGUAUCUGCGCUGAAUUCUUGGAAACAAAAUUGUCAGAAGGUCAAAUUUUGAGACUCCCAAAACUGUACCGACUAAAGCAUAGUUCCAAGCAAGAUAUUUAUUAUAUAGUUAUUAUGGUUAAUUACAUUCCACGCUUUAAUUUUGUUUAUAAGCUGCAAUGUUUUCAAGGAUAUUUGAGGUGAAAAAUAAAUGUACAUCGAGUUUUGGUAUUAAAUUUGGUUGAAACUUCUAAUUCUAAACAGUACCUUAUUUUUAUUGAUUUAAAAAUCCCUGAAACAAGGUGUACUACUAUUCAGAGGCCGUUCAUUACUUUUGUAUAAACAUUGUGUUUGCAGUCUCUGUGCCACACAAUUACACGCAAACACUUAGAAUUAUGCGCUCAUCUUUCAUCUACAUAUAUAUGAAUAUCUUGUAAACCUGUCGAUAUCAGUCAUUGUAUGUACUUUGUGCAAAAACUUUAAAUAAAUGCAUAACAAUGAGCCCAAGGUGUCCCACGCAACCUUAAAUAGUAGUUUAUUUUGUUUUCAUCAUGCAAUUUUAUGUUGUUCUUCACAGUAUCUUGUCGAUAGAGUUUCUGGUUAUAUUCAUGCUCACACAUUGUACAGUGCAGUCAGACCAUUUGGUUGUAGGUGAGUCUUGGGUCUAAAAAGUUCAGCAAAAUCUCUCUGAAGGAACCCACAGGAAUCAGCAUUAUUUAUUAAUUAAAGUUCUGCUUGUACAUGUAAUGUCAAUACGUAAUCAAUAGUAAUUAUAACAGAACUCUUGAGAAACUAGGAUCUGAUCAGUGAAGAGGAAUUCUAUAUUUGCUUAGUUACCCAGAUCUCACUCCAUUCCUGUUUCUUUGUGUAACUCUGGGUUUGCAUUUGCAGUGUGCUGUUGAGUUCCCAUGGCCCAGAUGGUCCUGAAUUACACAUGAUAGAUCCUUCAGGAGUGUCGUGGGUGAGAAUAAUAAUGUUCACAUUAAGUUUAGUUUGUGCUGUACAUAAUAAUUAUAUAGUGUGUAAUCUAUAGUAAACUCAUUGUUAAAAGAAUCUGUUACAGUGAUUUUUAUUACUGUUAAUUCUCGUUUAAGCCCUCCCUUCUCUAAUAAGCCUGCCACCGCUUUCAGGGGAAGAACAUUAUUAAGAACCUCCUCCCCGCUUUAUCCUUAAAAUUUGUGAUAGACUGUAAAUUUAAAUUAAUUAAUCAUGACUGUAACGCUUCAUGUGGACUGAUCCAGGAUGUUAAUUCACUUGCUGGAAGUUCAGCAUGACCUCCAACCUCAUAUGCUUUAGUUUUUUCACUUUGCAUCCUUGACUAGUUCUUUAGGGAGAAUUAUUGAUACCAUAAUCCUAACUAAAUCAAAUAAGCCCCCUUUCUAUUAAGCCCCAUCGAACAUGCUUGAAAUAAAUAAGUCCCAAGGAGGCUUAUGUAAGAAAUGUAGUUCUUUCACCUGGCUUUUAAAAAAAUGUCCAGACUUUUGUAUGUAAUGUUAAAUUCUUUCCAGUAGCAUUACCCAGGACAUUUUCCUCAGCUCUGUGUAAAAAUUUAUUCUUUUUUGACGAAUAUCAAUGCCUACAUGUAAAAGUCUGAUUUAUGAGCAAAGUAGAGGAAACAAAUUCUGAAGAAACCCUUUCGUUUUUGAAAUAAUUUAUGUCAACAAUAGAAUGCUACAACAAAGCUACAUUGUACUUAAUUUCUUGAGUUGUAGGAAUGGUACUGGCUUGACACUUGGCCUUUUUUUUCUGUAGAGCAAAGUGAAUAUCACAGAGAAAAUAUCUAGUCAAUGUUUGAAUGCUCUCAGGAUUUCAAUUACUACAAAUCCUCUAUUUAUUUCAAGGCCAUUUGAGGGGGGGGGGGGGUUAAUAGAGACAGGAGGCUUAUUUAAGAGGGGGAAGAGGGGGUUAUUAAUAAUUUAGAGAAGACGCUGGUAUCUAUUCUUCAUAAAGAACUAGAAUACAAAGUGGAGAAGCUCGAGAACAAGAAGGUUGGAGGUCAUGCGGCUAAGGAUCAGAAUCAAAUCUGAACUUCCAGUUAGUAAAUAAACCAUCCCAGAUCAGUCCACACAAAGUUUUACAGUCGUGAUUGAUUAAUACAGUCUCUCAUUUAUUAGUGAAGAAUAAUUAGGGGAGGGAAGUGGGAGCUUAAAAGAGAGGUGGGAGGCUUAUUAGGGGAAGAGGGCUUAUUUGAGUAGGGGGGGGGGGUGGUGCUUAAUAGAGGAUUUACGGUAUACUGGGUACUUCUUUUUCUCAAAUUCUCUCAAAGCAUUAUUUCUCAGUGAGAACCUUGUCUCAUAACUUUUACUAAGGAUAUUUUUUGUAGUUUAAGUUAUUCUUGUUGUUUUCUUUUUUUAUGCAGGGGUACCAUGGUUGUGCUAUAGGGAAGGCAAAGCAAGCUGCAAAAACAGAAAUAGAGAAGUUAAAGGUACUAUUAGAUGGUGAUCAUCAACCUGUUUAUGACAAGUUCAUCAUGAUACGAAAUCUUUGCUAUCACACUUCUUAGCAUAAUUUUCCUGCUGUUGUUGUUUUCCUACACAGAUGAAAGAUAUGACAUGUCAAGAACUUGUUAAAGAAGUGGCCAAAAUGUAGGUUUUGAGGUUUUGAAUCAGUUAUACAAUAGUCUCAAAUGCAGUUCAUUGCCUCGACACUCAAUCCUCCCCAAAGACCGUCUGCUGAAACGAGCGGUUAAAAACAUAGACCAAUCACCGAAAACUUGCAGAUCUGGGAAGUGUGCUUAGGACCUUGCAAAAUUUAGCACAGGAGUCCAGAAAAGGUCAGAAAAGUCAGAAAAGGUCGAAAGGAAACGUCCUACAUUUCUUAGAACAAACGCUUCAAUCAAAUUAUUUGAUGAGAAUAACACGCCUGUGUUAGAGACUACCCCCAAAAUCUCAUAGAAAAAAUUACCCCUGAGGUUAUUAAACUAUACUGAACAGAAGUUGGCUUUACUAAAAAAUGGUUUUUUGUUACAACAUAACACCCUGCCAUUGCCUAAUCUUAAGAACAUUUCAAUGAGAAAAUUGCAUCUACUUUACCAAGAGAAAGAUACAAAGGGCCUAUGUUUAUAUUAAAAAUUCAAAGAGAAAAAUUUAAACCCAAAAGGUCACGUAUCACACUAUCUGAGCUUGUGAGUCGCCUUUUGCCUGUCUACACGUGAUUUUUUUUCUUAGGAUUGGUGUUUUAUUAACAGGGUUCGCACAGUCUUGAAAAGUCCUUGAAUUUUAGGGGAAGUCCUUGAAAAGUCCUUGAAUUCCAUUUUUCCUUGAAAAGUCCUUAAAUUUCUGUGCAAGUCCUUGAAAAGAGCUUGAAUUUUCUUCAACUUUGAAUGUAGUAGCCUGGAAAGAAUUUUUUGAUGCUUUUUGGUUGUCAAAGACAGAAUAUAAAUCGUAGCUCAGUGAAUGUAAAGGUCAUUUACAUAAAGUGCUCCAUGUUUUAUGCAAUAAUUAACUAUCAGUUUCAGACAAGUGAACUGAAAAAUGUAGAGGAUUUGGUGAAGCAAACAGUUAAAGCCUUAAAGUCUUAUUAGAAUAUACAGGGAAUAUGCAUUUUUGUACAAUCUGUGAAAUUAUAUUCCUAGUAGGUUGUCCUUGAAAAUCUAAUGUGGUCCUUGAAAAGUCCUGGAAAAGUCCUUGAAAAAUGGUUGCAAUUUUUUGUAUGAACCCUGAUUAAACAAUCAGUGAUUUAGAUNAAAAGUCCUUGAAUUCCAUUUUUCCUUGAAAAGUCCUUAAAUUUCUGUGCAAGUCCUUGAAAAGAGCUUGAAUUUUCUUCAACUUUGAAUGUAGUAGCCUGGAAAGAAUUUUUUGAUGCUUUUUGGUUGUCAAAGACAGAAUAUAAAUCGUAGCUCAGUGAAUGUAAAGGUCAUUUACAUAAAGUGCUCCAUGUUUUAUGCAAUAAUUAACUAUCAGUUUCAGACAAGUGAACUGAAAAAUGUAGAGGAUUUGGUGAAGCAAACAGUUAAAGCCUUAAAGUCUUAUUAGAAUAUACAGGGAAUAUGCAUUUUUGUACAAUCUGUGAAAUUAUAUUCCUAGUAGGUUGUCCUUGAAAAUCUAAUGUGGUCCUUGAAAAGUCCUGGAAAAGUCCUUGAAAAAUGGUUGCAAUUUUUUGUAUGAACCCUGAUUAAACAAUCAGUGAUUUAGAUAAAUUGCACAUGAUCUCAGGGAAAGGAAGUUUAAAACUGCUUGUUAUAGCAGACUUUCAUGGGGAAGGAAUGUGUGAAGAAGCCCCUGCAUGGGAGCUAUCGCAACAAGCUCUUUUUCAGUUUUAUGGUUAGUCACUUGUAUGUGGCUAACAAGGAAAUCUCGUCACGAUAGAGAGAUUAAGAUUCAUGUUUAUGCCAAAUGGCAAAUGUGAAUUUGUACAACGUCACCAAGUUUUCCCCUUAUUUUUCGUUUACUGUUUAUUGCUUCUACACAAAAAUAAGUUGUUUCACGCCAGUUUUAUCCAAAAGAAUCGUUCUGGACAGUUUUUAUCUGCUUAUUUUCUAUUCUGAGAAUUUCUCAACUUGAAUUGAUUCACAUUUACUUUGCCGUAAACGUGAAUCUUAAUCUCUCUGAUAAGUAGUGCACCAAGAGACCCAAACUGUCACCAUUCAUAAAUAAAUAACUACCGAUCUAGAGGAAGCACUUCCACAUGGUGGUUCUUCAUCUGUCAUUCCUGGUGGAAUUGGAAGUUGGAAAUGUUGGUUUUUGAGGAGAGGGGGGAGAGAACCAACUACAAACUUGGCCCACGUGACGUUGAUGCCAGGAUUUGAAACCUGGGUCACUUUGGUGGAAGGUGAAUGCUCUCACCACUGUGCAAUCCCUUACUCCCCAAUCCCAUUCAUUCUUUCAGUCUUGGAAGAAAAAGAGCUUUGGUUUAACCUGGACUAGCUGCCUUAAGUUAUUCCACCAAAACUAUUAAAGCUGCCAGAGCUCCCAUCCCGCUCUUCAUAUCAGUUUACUAUUAUAUACUUGUUCUGCCUGACAGACCAGCUUAGCUUAGGAAUUUUUUUAACAAUAUUGCUUGUUGUGGUCUGCAGAAUUUAUGUUGUACAUGAUGAAGUUAAGGACAAAAACUUUGAACUGGAAUUAAGCUGGAUAGGAGAAGGUACGGAGCGUUUAGCAUGUCUUCUUACGAUCAAACCACAGUUCUUGUAAUGUUCUUAUGUGCUAUGUUUACAAUUUAAUAAAUUAUUGCAAAUGGAGAGGCCUCUCAUUAAUCAAGCAGUCUCUGUUAUGUUAUUUUGCUGUUGCAAGAGUAAUAAAAAUUAAUGACCUGUCAUUAAUGUGUGACUGAAAGCUCGAUGAAUCAGAUCAAGACGUGGGUCAGAGUUAGUAACAGAUUGAAUUAGAGUAUUUUUGUGAACAAAAAUAAUUUAUUACAACUGGUCAACUUAUUUAAUUAGCCUUAAGUGUUAACAUUAAAUAUCCCAUAACAAAUGGCUUAGUGCAUAGAAUUGACCAAAGACAACUUUUUGCAGUUACAAAUGGCAAACAUCAGUGGGUACCAAAAGACAUUGCAGAUGCAGCUGAAAAAUACGCAAAGGUGAGUUUCAUA